AUGGAAGCUCAAGAGUUUUUCCAAACCAGCUUUUUGCCGCAGUUUCCUUCUUCCCCGUCCGACAAUAAUUUGGCGACAACGAAUGUAAACGGUGGUGGUGGUUCUGAUCACUUCAUUGUUGAAGAUCUGUUUGAUUUCUCGAAUGAGGAUGAUGCUGCCAUUGGUGACCCUGCUUUUGAUUCUCCUCCUGCCAUCUCUGAUAAUUCUCCACCUCUUGAAACUAAUGAAAAUUCCAAUUUUUUCAUGGAGAAUUCUUGCCAGAAUUCUGUUGAUGAGCCUUUCUCCGGGGAACUCUCCGUUCCGUAUGAUGAUCUUGCGGAGCUAGAAUGGUUAUCCAAAUUUGAUGAAGAAUCAUUUUCAAGUGAGGACCUACAGAAACUAGAAUUGAUAUCUGGCUUGAAGGCAUCAAACGACGCCGCAUCAAAAACGAACGAAGAAUCAAACCCACUACACCCUCCUCAAGUGUCCGUCCCCGCUAAAGCUCGCAGUAAACUACCUCGUGGACCUCCAUGCAACUGGACUUCGCGUCUUCUAGUUCUCUCUCCACCCACCAUCACCACCACCACCACCGCAUCUUCUCACUCAGACAUUAUAGCUCCACCAAAGAAACCUUCGCCGAGAAAGAGAGACCAUGGCAAUGAUGAAGGUCGCAAGUGUCUUCAUUGCGCCACCGAUAAAACACCUCAGUGGCGCACUGGACCAUUAGGUCCAAAAACACUCUGCAAUGCAUGUGGAGUCAGAUACAAGUCAGGUCGACUCGUACCUGAAUACAGGCCGGCCGCAAGCCCAACAUUCGUGUUGACGAAACACUCCAACUCGCACCGGAAGGUGCAAGAGCUCCGGCGCCAGAAGGAGAUGAUGAAGGUCCAUCAACACCAAAUGUUGCAACUACAAGUGCAACAUCAUCACAACAUUAUGUUUGAUGGACCAUCCAACGGUGAUGAUUACUUGAUCCAUCAACACGUCGGACCCGAUUUCACACACCUCAUGUAG